CGAACGCCGUAUAUACGCACCGUGUGCCUGUGAUUGAAAUGUGCGUCACUGAUAUGAACGUGUGAGCAUGUGAGCGUGUAUACGUGUUUGAGCGUGUUUUACUUCAAAAUGUUGUUUUCAUUCCGUCGAACGACGUGUUUUUGACAGUUCAAAUUGUGUCGUCGUCCGAGUGGAAUUGCGUCUAUUCCGUGGAUUUUUUUCUUCAUGAAAAUUAUUUUAAAAGUUUUAUUUUAAUCAUUAUUUAAAAAAAGUUGAAUUAAAUCGAUUGAAAAAAAAAUUCGUUAAUUUUUCAAAAUGAGUUUAAUCCGUCAUCCGUGUCGAUUAUUAUCACGAUUAUCAGCACCGGGACUACGAUUGAGCGUCGCGCAAGGUUUGCAUACACAAUCACCAAAGUCCGGAAUACCGUCAGCAACACAGAAAAUUCUACCCGAUGAAACAAAAGUCAUCGACUUCCCUGGAAUUCGUCAGACAAUUUACACUACCGAACCGAUAUUUCAUCUGCCCGAGGAUGUGGACUCCAUUCCCAUUUAUCGCAUUCUCGAUCGAGCGGGAAAUAUUUUGGAACGAAGCCAAGAGCCUCAAUUAUCGCGUGAAGUGGUGCAAAAAAUGUAUCGAAAUAUGGUUCAAUUGAGUGUUAUUGAUAAAAUUUUGUAUGAAUCGCAGCGACAGGGAAGAAUUUCAUUUUAUAUGACCAAUUACGGAGAGGAGGCAACACAAAUUGGAUCCGCAUCAGCAUUGCAUCGUGACGAUUUAGUCUAUGGACAAUAUCGUGAGGCUGGUGUGUUGGUUUGGCGUGGCUUUACUAUCGAACAGUUUAUCGAUCAGUGCUAUGGAAAUGUUGAUGAUAAGGGAAAAGGUCGACAGAUGCCGGUUCAUUAUGGUUCCAAAGAUUUGAACUUUGUAACGAUUUCGAGUCCAUUGGCCACACAAAUGCCACAAGCCGUUGGCGCUGCAUAUGCACUGAAACGACGACCAAAUAACAAUCGCUGUGUGAUCACUUACUUUGGUGAAGGGGCCGCUUCUGAAGGUGAUGCUCAUGCUGCUUUCAACUUUGCUGCCACUCUGUCAUGCCCGAUACUAUUGUUUUGUCGGAACAACGGUUUUGCAAUUUCGACGCCAAGCUCUGAACAGUACAAAGGUGAUGGAAUAGCUGGCCGAGGACCGGCUGGCUAUGGCAUUCCAGCGAUACGUGUCGAUGGAACCGAUGUGUUUGCCGUGUACAAUGCCACAAAAGAAGCUCGAGCCUAUGCAAUGAAACACAAUAAACCGGUGAUCAUUGAGGCAAUGGCCUAUCGAGUGGGUCAUCACUCAACAUCUGAUGAUAGCACUGCAUACCGAUCGGCUGAAGAGAUUGAAGUGUGGCAAAAUUCCGAGCAUCCGAUUAGCAAGCUACAAAAUUACAUGCAGAAAAAGGGUUGGUGGAACGAAGAGGAGGAAAGUGGCUAUGUGAAGUCAGUGCGAAAGCAAGUUUUAGCACAAAUUUCGGUGUCAGAGAAGAAACCAAAGUCUGAUUGGCGCGAAAUGUUUCACGAUGUAUACCAUGAAAUGCCAAAUCAUUUGGUCGAACAAGAACAAGAGAUGGAAGCUCACCUCAAGGAAUAUGGCAAACAUUACCCAUUGAAAGACUUUUCCAGCUUAAAAUGAUGCGUUUCGAAUGCGGAACAACUAAACCACCUGAUUUGAUACCAAAAACACUGAUCUGAUGAUUUUACCCCAGAGAAGCAUUUAAAAUGAUGUACUUGAUUUUCUUUCCUGAAUAUGUUCUCCUUUUCUUCGUUCCGAAAUUGGCUAGAGCCAUUCAGUUUGUAUAUAAUUUGCUUUUUAUGUUGAAUAAAAACGUUUUUUUAUGUUCAAA